AUGGCCGUCAGGAAGAUCUACCGCAAGCUGUUCAGCUGCUCCGUCGAGGAAGACGUCGCGUCUUCCCCUGCGCUCCAAGAGCCUCUCAAGAAGAUGUUGCUCCGUCUUGUGAGCUCCUACCGCUACGCCGGCGAGCAUGUCGACAUGGACGUCGCGAAGCUGGAGGCGGCUGAGCUGUCAGAGGCCAUCAGAGAGAAGCGCCUACACGGGGACGAGGUUGCCCGGAUCAUCAGCACCCGUAGCAAGCCUCAGCUCAGAGCGACGUUCCAACAGUACAAGGACGACCAAGGAACAGACGUCGUCGAGGAUAUCAGCAGCAGCCAUUGCGGCGGCAGUGGCGGCGGUGGCAAGCAGCUCGCUGGGAUGCUAAGGAGCGCCGUCCUGUGCUUGACGUCGCCGGAAAAGCACUUUGCAGAGGUCAUCAGGUACUCGAUCUUGGGACUGGGGACGUACGAGGACAUGCUCACGAGGGUGAUCGUGUCGCGGGCGGAGGUCGACUUGGAGCAGGUCAAGGAGGAAUACAGGGCGAGGUACGGGAGCGCUGUGAGCCUCGACGUCGCCGGCGACACCUCCUUCGGCUACAGGGACAUUUUGCUGGCCUUGCUAGGGGGGCAGGAGUAA